AAUGUCAGUUGCUAGCUAAAGCUGAUAUGAUUAUCACAUAGAACUUGCCAAAAAAAAAAAGUACUGCAAAAAAAGGGAAAAAUAGUUGGAUAAAAAACAAUGAUUAUUAAUUUCUCAAAGUUGAGGAAGAGGAGCUUAAGGGGCAGGACUUUAAUUAUAUUAGUAUUAAUUUACAGUAGCUGUGGCGGUGGUUAAUCAUCAAAAGCUCUCUUUUUGAUGCGAGCGUGAGGUAUAUAAAUGGAGGCUCUUUUUUGCCAUUACCCUUUUGCUUUGCACUCUCUUCUUCAUAUACACAUUGUGAAAGGCAGGUUUGUUAUGGAACGAGGAGGGGGUUUGAAGAAACCCCAAAUUGAAUAAAGUGGUUUUGAUUUGAGGGAAAAGCUUGAAUGGAAGGAAGGGGUUCCAAAAGUAGGAGGAUCAGAAAUGGGGUUGGGGGGUUCUGUAACUCUGACUAGGGCUUGAAUGGUUAGUUUGGAAGAGACCAUAGAAAAGAAUCUGCUUGUGGGGUGGUUUGAUAUAUCACUUGUUAAGGAGGGGUGGAUAUGGGUGACAAAGAAAAGUUUGAGUUGGAUAGAAACGAGGAUCCUAUGAGUUAUUCUAGUGGAAUGCACUCGGAUUGGAGAUUUGGGGGUGCAAAUAUUGCAAGUUCUUCUGUAGCUAUGGUUGGCCUGGGGAAUUCUAUGAAUGUCAGCAGAGGGGAUUUGAUUGGUUCUUCUUCAUGUUCCUCUGCUUCAAUGGUGGACUCAUUUGGUCCAAACUACUGGGAAAACCCCACCUGUUCCCAAAACUUGGGAUUUUGUGACAUUAAUGUCCACAACAAUGGGGGUUCUUCAAGCACAGUUGCAAUCAGAAAAGAUGGUUUUGGAUUUGGAAGAGCUGGUCAGGAUCAUCAUGAAACACUUGAAAUGGGUUGGAACCCUGCUAAUUCUAUAUUAUCAAAUGGACCAGGGAUGUUUCCCCACACUUUGUCUCAGUUUCCAACUGAUUCUGGAUUCAUUGAGAGAGCUGCAAGAUUCUCAUGCUUCAGUGGAGGGAAUUUUAGUGAUAUGGUAAACUCAUAUGGGAUUGCUCAAUCCAUGGGGCUGUAUGGAGCAAGAGAUGCUAUUGCAGGCCAUGGGAUGAAAUCAGUAACUGGAGGGCAAUCUCAGGGAGGUGAUAUGAAUGUAGUUGAAGCUACAAAGGAUGUGUCUCCAUCUGUUGAACAUCUUGUUGCUGCUAAAGGAAGCCCUCUCAAGAGUGAUAGAAGAAGUGAAGGCCAUGUUAUAUCCCAAGAUGAAGGGAAGCAAUCUCUUGUUAGGCCCGCUAAUGAGUCUGAUAGAGCUGAAUCUAGUGAUGAUGGUGGUGGUCAGGAUGACUCCCCAAUGUUGGAAGGUACUAGUGGGGAACCUUCUAGCAAAGGACUAAACACAAAGAAAAGGAAAAGAAGUGGACAGGAUGGUGAUAAUGAUAAAGCCAAUGGAGCUCAAGAACUACCUAGUGAAGGUGCAGAGGACAACUAUGAGAAUCAACAGAAGGGAGACCACCAACCAACUUCAACAGCCAAGGCUUCUGGGAAGAAUGCCAAACUGGGGUCUCAAGCUUCUGAUCCACCCAAGGAGGAAUACAUACAUGUUAGAGCUCGCCGGGGUCAAGCAACAAACAGCCAUAGCCUUGCAGAGAGAGUGAGGAGGGAAAAGAUAAGUGAGAGAAUGAAGUUUCUUCAAGAUCUUGUACCUGGAUGCAGCAAGGUCACUGGCAAGGCAGUAAUGCUAGAUGAAAUCAUCAACUAUGUACAGUCACUUCAACGACAGGUUGAGUUUUUGUCUAUGAAACUUGCAACAGUAAAUCCACGGCUGGAUUUUAAUAUUGAAGGACUUCUUGCUAAAGAUAUUCUUCAACAACGGCCUGGUCCUUCAUCCGCACUAGGGUUUCCUCUAGAUAUGUCCAUGGCUUUUCCUCCAUUACAUCCACCUCAACCUGGGCUGAUUCAUCCAGUAAUUCCCAACAUGGCAAACUCAUCUGAUAUCCUUCAAAGAACCAUCCAUCCACAGUUAGCUCCCUUGAAUGGUGGAUUAAAGGAACCAAAUCAGCUGCCUGAUGUAUGGGAGGAUGAACUUCACAAUGUUGUACAGAUGAGCUUUGCAACAACUGCUCCCCUUACUAGCCAAGAUUUUGAUGGUACUGGGCCAGCAAGUCAGAUGAAAGUUGAACUUUGAUCUUUAGUCUUCAUACAUUAAUCUUUGCCACAUCGAGUAUUUUGGCUUUCAUUCUCGUCAGAUGGAAAUAACCAAGCUUAGAGUUUUACACAUGAGUUGCCAAACUUGAAGGCCAUGGUCUCAAUUCCCUGCGAAAUAUGUUUUAGAUGAUGUACUACCGAGUAAGGUUUUGGUGUUUAGGCCUUGGAGGGCAGUCACAUAUCCUUGCAGAAGACUAACUCUAGGUUAGAGGAUGUAGAGCAGUAUUCAUGGAUGUUUCCUUCCUUUUCAAGCGUGAAUAUAUGUAUCAUAUGUUUAGAAGUGGAAGUCUAUUUUAUCAAAAUAGGUUUAUUCACUAAAUAUAUUAUUAAAGAAUGUAAAGACAAGGAUCUCACUGAGUCUGAUCAACCAGGAGAAAUGCUAAAGCAAAUUUUUUAGUUGGACUUAGUAUAGUUUACAAUUACAAAGUGCUAUGAGAACCUGUUCAUGGUUUUGAUUUGAUGCUUGCUAGGUGCUUGCUUGCACAUAUUGUAAUGUUUUUCUGCCCAACAAUUAGCUAUGUUGCAUUCUUUCAUGGAACAAGUUGGGAUUUUAGAUGAUA